AGUUGAGCUCUCGCCGAUAUCUACUUCCUUAGUAACUAUCCAAAUAAUAACAUUUCUGUUUAUUUCAUCGGUAUUUUGUGCCUUGCCAUAAAUGGAGUCCUUUAAACAGGCUUGAGAGAUUUAAAUAAUAAAUAAUUACCUUAUUAUUUAAGCUUAAAGAUAACAAGCUAAUAACCAAAUUAUUCUGAAAAUGAUGGUAUCACGCCAUAUUCCGCGAACCAGAGAAUAUAGGGGAAUUCAACCCAGUUCGGUGGCAAUUGUGAGUGUAAAGUGUAAUUGUAAUGAUUUAGAUUGAGUGUCAAGUCUGAGUAGGAAGUCUCAGUCUAGGCAAAUAAGUUUAAGACUUAGCCAAAUUAAUAAAAAAAUUAUUAAAUCAAAAUAAUAAUAGAAAAAGUGACUUGAACUUGAAGAAAUUAAUUACUUACUUAACUUACACUUACAUAUAAUAUACUUAUGGCUUAUACUUACAUUUACAUUACUACAUAAUUAAACUUUUAGUUAAACUUAAAUAAUUAAUAAUUAUAAUUAUCGAUGCGAUAGCAUCCUUCUGAAGUUGGGUUUUGCAGUUGAGCAGUACGCUCUAGAGACCCACAUCAACUUAAAUAAUUAAUAAUUAUAAUUUUCUAAUGAUCAGGGCUUUCAUUUCAUAAUGAAAAAUUUUGUAUUACUCCUACUUCAGAUUUAAAUUAUAAAUUUUAUAAUUAAUUGUUGAGUUACACUGGAAACCUUAAUAUUUAAAUACUACAUUUAGCCUGCCUACAAUGCUGAUAUAAUGCUUCAUUUUUUAAACAAUAGAUUGCCCUGGCCCAAGCCCUAUGACAAUACCUGUACAAUUUACAGUACUAUUUAUUUUCUUUCUCAUUGAAACAUUGCCUUUGUAUGACAAUAAGUUUUAGUGAUUAGUCUGAUUAGAGUUAAUUCAUGCUUGCAGUGGGACUAAAUCAAGCAAUAAACUAAAAAUUAUAUAUGGCUAAAGUUAAGGAUGAAUGCCACAGCGUCUUUUGCGUGUUUACUGAAUUAGGGUUCAGGUUAGGUUUAGGGAUACAUUUAAUUAGAUUUAGUGACAGAAUUAACUGGUCUUGUUAACCAAGAUGGCGGACAUUGAAAAAAAAAACAUGGAAUUUCUUCUUUAAAUUUACCUUAUGCCUUAUAUAUAAUUGUCUCUCAGAGUAAUUCACUACACUCUCACUAGUUUUUGUUAAAUUAAUGGCUAUCCACUAAUUCAAACUAAUUAAUCAAAGUUAACUAUUAGUUAUAGUUGCAAUCUUGAAGUUAAACCUUUUUUAUUUUCUGGUAUAUUUUAGUUUUUUUUAACAAAGUGUCUACAUGUCCGGCGCGCCGGACAAAUAGUGCGCGAGAUAUACGUCCGGCGACAUGUCACGUGACCGCCGGACGACUAGUAGUCGUUAUUAUUCCCAACGAAGAGACAAUUGGCAGAUCUUGUGUGGUCUUGUGGUAGAAUGAUUGCUUGACAUUAUUAUAUUUGAGGAUCAAUUCCUGGUAUGGGAUUGUUUUUUUUCCCCCAUUUUAAUUAAAAAUAUUUUAUAUUAUAUUUCUAUUAUCAUGUUCAUCAGCAACAGUAGUUUCAUGAGAGUUUUUAAAUAUUUUGUUGCAAUUUAAACAAUUUAAGAUGAAAUCUUUUACUUUUAUUGGUUGCCUACUCCACACUGGCCCCUAAUUUAUUUUAUGGAUUACUGGUACACAAACUCAAAUAACAAACUAAACAAAAAUGUUUACAAGCCACUUAGCUUAAUUUUUUUCUAUUAUUUGCAUUCAAGAUACUCAGUACAUUAAUUGUAGAGAAAUAGAUUUUAAAAUUAACAAUAGUUUUGAAUCAUUCGCGUUCACGCCACAAGGCUCACGGACAAGAUAUCUCUCGCCACUUUGUUACGGCGGUCAUGUGACUUGGUCACCGGACAAAUAGUGCGGGAGAUAUACGUCCGGUUGCCGGACGUGUAGACACUGCCUUUUUUUAAAUUCAAUAAAUCUUAAUUGUUUUAAAACUUCUUUUAUUUAUACUGUAUAUUCUUGUGAAGAUGGUGUCUUUUUUUGCCCAAAGCCACAAAUACACAAACUGUAUUUGUACUACUCACAAAAUAUAGCUCCAUUCAUAUCUUUGGUUGUUUAUGGAAGUACCUGGUAUUUGUUAUUUUUAUGUAGAGCUCUUCAGUCUUUUAGAGAUUCUCCACAGAUGUCAAUAUCCGAAUGACUAGUACUAGUAAUCAAUCCUGAUUAAUUUGUUUACAUUCUUUAAUUGAGUUUACUUCAAGGAGUAAAAAUAUUUUUAGUAACAGACUCCCUUUUAUAUCUGAUGAAUAUUUAAAGAUAUCUGAUUGCAAUUAAACCUUUUUAUCAGGUAGCUCUGCAAGAUAUUUGAUAUUUCUAUUUCAAGGAAGAGCUAAUGGAUUACUCAUAAAAAUUAUUACAUUCAAAUUACUAGUCAAUUCCCCUAGAAAUCCAACAACUAUACGUAGCCUGGUAGGCCACGCAGCACCUAAUGCGGUGUGUAAUUUGACCUCGAGGUUAGGCGGUAUCAUAACAGCUUGAGGGGAAUAGGUCUCUUACUAAUCGCAAAGAAUACUUAAAUAUGGGAAACAACUAUGUGUGCUUUUGGUUCAAGUUCAAUUAUUUAUUUCUCGGGGACCCUAGUGUAUUAAGUUAUAAAUUAUAUCUAGUCGGAAAGGGGAGUUUAUUUCCUAUAACUUGGUAUAUUUAAAAGUCUACAACUUUAUUGGGUAUUGUAGUAUUCAGCAAUUACUGGAGCUUUCACCUUCAUCCAUAGUGGUCCCCACCCUUUAUAUUUAAAAUAUCUCAAAAACUAUUUAACCCACAGACAUAUAAUAUGGUAUCUUAGAUAGCCGAAACUAAGCUGAAAAGGACACAUUUAAGUCUUUAGGGGGUUUGGUCCGGAAUUUUACUUUUAUUUGGGUUGGAGUCGCUAGGGGAUUGUUAAUUUACCACAGGCUUUGUGCCAGACCGCGAGUUAGGGACUGUCUUAGUUGUCGCGGGACAUAGAUGCUCUCUGAUAUGUCCGCGUGCCUCAAAUAAGUUUUCUAUUCGAAGCUUUAAUGCAUCACUAAAGUACGCCUUGUUUUCUGCGGCCCAUAAGGACGCUCUAUAUUGUCCUUUUCCUUUAGCUUUUUUCAUAGCACUUUUCAUUUAGCUGUUUUCUUAGCACUUUCCUUUAGAGUUUAAUAAAGCUAUAGUCCUCGAGACCUGAAUUCCUUCAUUGUUUAUUAGUAGUAAAACUGGCAGCCCUCGUUCACUACCAACCAUUACCCCACACUACUACAGUUUUUGGCACUGUGAGCAGGGUUUUAAAAGUGUGUCACACACACGUACACCACCCUCCAGUAACCAUCACCAAACACCCACCCUGCUAGAGUUUUUGGCGCCACGAGCAGGAUUGUUAAAAAUGUGUCACACACACCUACACCACUCUCCAGCCGCCAUACCUCAUUGACUCAUAUGGCUACAUAUAAAAAAAAACACCACUCAAGUCAAGUUAAAUAAAAGGGGGUAAAAAGACAAAAAUUACUAAAUAAAUGUCAUACAACCCUUACAUUAUUGUCUUACAUUAUUGUGCAAUCUACCUACAGUAUCUUUUAAGGUCUGACAAGGAGAUAACUUACAAUUGUUAAAAUAUUAUCAGUGGUAAAAACCAUUUUAGUUUUAUAUCCAUUUUCAGGAAAUUGAAAAUAUUAAAAAUAAUCUCCUAAUAGAUCAUUGGCUGAAUUAUAAUAUUAUUGGAAUUCUUUUUGUAUACUGAAGUUCCAUAUUUUUAAAUGUCAUACAAAUUAUUUUAGAGAACCAUAAAGGGACCUGCUGUCUUUAAACAUUCAGAAAUAUUUGACUAACAUAUUAAGAUAAUGGUUGCACUGGCUAUUAUCAUGGGUAUACAAUGCCCAUGCCAUGGGAAAUUGGCAUACAAAUCUCAGAAAAACAGCUCUGACCCGUGUCAGAAAAUCCAUGUGAAAUCUAGAUAGGUAUUUUACAUGUUGUGACCAUCUUUGCAUAAUUGUGCAAAAUUUUCAAUUAAUAUAUCGCAGUAAAUAUGCCUGGAAAGACCAAAUGUCCUCAGAUUUUUUUCUUUUCUAAUCAUCGGUCAUGUUUGUUUGGAAACAACCUCUUUUCUCAGCAAAAAAAAAAUCCUCACCUUUUUUUAUAUUAAUCAGCUGACCCCAAUACACAGUGUGGUAUGUACCACAAAUUUAAUAACGUGUAUAACUAUAAGGUAAUAAUAUAUUUAUUUUAUGCAAUAACUUAAUAAAACCUUUUCAAAGAGUGUUUGGUUAUAUGAAACACCCCCAGUCCCAAAUAUUAUUUGCAAAAUUGACACUCUACUCUAACUGGUAAUCUGGCUAAUUUGGUAAAGUUAUCAGAAUGAGCCCUUUUUUAAAGAUGAAUUGGAUAAUCUGGCCUAAGAAAAUCUUUCUAGAUAUAUGUUGUAAAUCUAGUUGAUUUAAUAUAAUCUUGAUUGCUUUUCUGAAAUUUUAUCAUUUUUACAAAAUUAGUUAUGUGUUCUAGACUAAAAGUAUCAUCAUUGUUUAGAGGUAAUUUGACCAGCUGAUUCUGAAGAUGGCACUAGUUUUCUCUUAACAGCUCUAGUUAGGGAGAUAUUGAACACAUGCCAUUUUUAAGCAUAAAGCAUUAUAUUAAUUAUUUAUUGAAAAUAUUCUGAUUUUAUACCAAAAGACUAAUGGAGACUAUAUUUUGAUUCUAAACAAAUAAAGCCUUUCAUUAGACUUCAUUAGGUAGGAUCUUUUUGGACAAUCUUGAAUUAGGUUCCAACAAAAGUCUUGAUCAUACACGCAUUUUAUUUUAUCUGCUUUGAUAUCUGGCUGCCGUUCCAUGUAUAUGUCAUGGUGAAAUCGUUCACUUCACUCUUCGCUAAGGGUUCUCAGGACACCAAUCUAAUUUAUUGCAAUUGAGUUUUUUUCACAAGAAUAAGUUAAGACUGGGAAGAGGAUUCAAUUUCAUUCAUUGGUUUUAUGAACGUUGAGUUCUUUAUGCGUUUUCUAAUCUGUGGACCUCCAAAACUCCAGUUUUCAGUUUCUCUGUUAUUAGUUCAUAUUUGAUGUGCAUCAAAUGCUUGAUUCAAAGCAUGUACAAUCUGUUUUAUAAAACAGGUUUUGUUUUAUAUACAUUUUCAGUAGAACGACUACAUCUUGUGUUACUAAAGCUUCAAUGAUAACAUUUUUCUCCGACCACCAUAUUUCUCUGAAGACCAAUCUUUUCUUGCCAGAUUUUCAUGUUUGACUCUACUAUCCCAAAAGACAUGAAAUGAAGGAUACUCGUGGAGCUAGUUUGUAAACUAGGUGAAAGAAAAUCAUUUUCAGCCUCCACAAAUAACACCAAAGAUCAUUGUUUUAAAAUAGUAAUUUAUCUUUUCAAAGACUAAAGAAAUGUAUUCUGUUUUCAUCCAGUGGAUUGAUAGAUUGGAAAAAGAACCCUAUUUAUUGCCAAUUAUUAAAAAAUACAUUCCAAACAUUUUGACAGUCGAUUAAAAGCUGCCAUACACAUGAUUUAUAUUAUAAAAGACAAAAUUUUAUUCAUAAGAUUUCAGAUGUCAAUAAACAUAAUAAGAUCUUGUCCUCAUUAAAAAAAAAGGCAGCAUAUCCUUCUAUCCCCUUAGAUGAAAGGUAAUGUUUGUUCCAAACUGCGGUAAUUGCUUUUCUCCAAAUCUGGAGGCAAACAUUUGCCAACUUGGGCAAUCACUCAGUAAAAGUUUUGUAUACAAUAUGCGGAGCACAUCGCAUCUCUUAUCUCUAUCUCUAAUCUUGGCACCAAAAGACCCAAUAAUGUUCUUUUUUUCCAGCUCAGUACAGAUUUUCUACAUGUUGAAAAUAAAAUUUUUAUGCAACUGUUUUAAUAAAUCAGGAUGGGAAGAUUUAGUUAUGAAAAUUUAUGUAAUCUCAUGAGAUCACAAUUUGACAUGUAAAUAUUUGCACAUAAUUAGUAAAUAAAGCAGAACAAAGUUGAUUUUGUCCCUUGAACUUAUCAAUUUAAUAGCAACGUUUAUUAUUAAAAGGAAGUAGACAAAUGUUGGCAUUUUAAAUACAUUUAUUUUCCAUUUAAAUAAUACUUUGUAAGAUAUCCCGGUUGUGCAAAAUCGACCUUGUAUGGCUUAUAUAGAGAAAACUAAAUAAAACCAACUAUAUCUUAAAAUCUAGAGUUGUUACGAUAAAUCGGUUGUGUUUUUGGAGUCAGCACUCCUAAUAACACUAGGAACAAACCUAAAAUUGAAGGCACCAAGAAAAAAGGUGUUUUUUUUGUUGGCCUAUGUGAUUUUCUUCGGGACGGGAUGUGGUGCAGAAAAUGUUUUGAAACUGACAGGGGGUGCAGUGCUGCCAAAAACUGCAUUAAAGCUCUACUUGCAUUAAAUGUCACAUGUUUUUGUUUUUUUUUAUUAUUUUUUUUUUUUAUCACAGGCUUAGAUUGUUAAAAUAUUACUUUGAUAGCUCACAUUUUUGGUGAUUGCAUUUAAUCUCUUUGCAAUGAAUUUAAAUAGAUAUGUUGUGCUUUGAAAGAAUCAAAAUUUUGUGCAAAAGGGGGGGGGGGUAGUUAGGGGAUUUGGAGAUGCAUAAAAAAACAAAUUUAAAGAAAAUGUGUGCUUUAUGACAACUUCUCCACACUUGUACAAUACAAUUAUAUUUACCAGGUCUAUUAAUUGGUUACAAACUGAUUUUCUUAUCAGUGCAACCCAAAAUUGAUAUUAACAUACUUGGUAUUUAUAAUUUAAAUUUGUUAAGUAAAUAAUGGUUUUAAAAAAUAAUUUACAAUCUGUGGAGUAAAUAAAAUUUACUUAUAAUAUAAUGGUUACAUUUUUCCAGAAAGCAAAAAUGCCCUCAAAGAGGGCUCCAGAUUAUCAACUCAUUAAAAACAGAGAAAUAGAAGCACGAUUAAAUGACAUAGAGCAUCAGGUGAAAGAACAAAAAUCACGAGAUCUCCGAACAGAUUUUGAAGCUAGUGCAGAAAAGCGAUUGUUGAAUGCAAAUAUUAAAAAUCGUGUAAAAACUCUUUGCCAAGCAGCUGAAUUCAACUUAGAAUGCAGAAGAGAGAAGUAAGUGUUCUUUUAAUCAUUUUCAUUGUAAUUUAAUAAGCCAUAGAAUUUAGAAGGUCAGUAACUAUAGAUAUUAUCAUUGUCAAGUUUUAAAGUGCUCUUAAAAAAACAUUUUUUAACUAAGUUUUGUUUUCUAUUCAAUUCAAAGAAUUGCCUAUAUUAAAAAAAAAUGGAAAAUUUUUAAUUUCUGAAAUAGGGGUAAUUGAAAUAUGUAUCAUUAAACUUUGAUCCUGGUUUCUAUUAAUUUAUAAAAGUUGGUAUUCAUGCAAAUGCAAAUGCAAAAAAAAAAAAAAAAUGUAGUCUAGUAAUAUUUUGGGCUUUGGAAUAGAAAUAUUGGAAUUACUUUUUUCUUUUAAAAAAAUCACAACUAAACUCAAGGUUUUUGUUAUAAUUGUUAAUUUAUCAAAAUAUUAGUCCUAUAUUUUAUGGCUAUUCAUUAUUAAAGUGUAUGAGAAAGAUUCAACACUUUUUACAUUUUUACAAUAUUGACAAAAAAAAUUUUGUUAUCAACUUAUUUAACAGAUUACGAAACUUAUUUGAAAGUGAAGAAGCUUGUUAUCUAAAAGAGAUAGACGAAAAACAGGAAACUGUCCUUGAAAGGCAGGCUAAGAUGAGGGUGAGAGCAAAGUUUCUAAAAGACAAGCGUGAGGCAGAACGAUUGGCAUAUGUCCAGGAGAAAUAUGAUCAACAAUUCAAGUAAGUGAUUAGUUUUUGAGUGGAAUAAUUUAUUCAUUGCAUGUUCUUAAACAUUGGAAAAUAGCCUGUUCCUCUCUUAACACAUCGUCUACUCUGCCAUAGAGUAUAGAGUAUUGUUUCCGGUACUAUAAAAAGUGUUUCCUUUCUUUGAUAAUCUUAUGACCACACAUUUUCACUAGUCACUGUGGGCACAUUUUAAUUAAAAAAUGGCAAUGACAGUCUCUCAACAUUCCCAGUAUCAUAUCCCUAGCCAUUUUUAAUCUUUCUGAUGCUACCUAGUCAAAUCCUGAUGCCUCAUUAUAUUAGAAUAUGUGGGUUUAAGAUCACCAUAUUUUUAUACUGUUAAUCAAAUUAUAUUUACCAUAUAAAUAUUUACAUUAAAAUUUUAUGACAGCUCAAUAAAAAUCCAAUAAUUAAAUUCAAAAACUUUUAGAGCACAGUGUGAAGAAUUAAGGUCUACCUUGUCAAAGAGACAUCAAGAUCAAGUUUGCCUUGAUAGACUAGAACAGCUGCGGUUGAAGGAUGAGACAGCUAAAGAGGAGAAGGCUUUAGAGGAUAUGUAUGCCAAGUUAUGGGAACAAGACAUGCUGGAGAAAGCUGCGCGAGAAGAGAGAGAAGCCAAGGAUCUACAUGAGAGGAAUCGAGGUGUUGUUGAUGUUCUGAAAAGACAGAUGGCAGCACUAGAAGCUCAGAAAGAAGAAUCAAGACGUCUGAAAGAUGAAGAGGCUCAGCUCUUGGUAAAUUUUCAGUUCAUUCUUAAUAUCUAAAACUGUUAGAUAAUCUACUUGUGUAUUUAUCUAUCAUUAAUUUCUGAAGGUUCAUGUACUAAUUGUGUCAUGGAAAUAAACUUAAUUUACUAUUAAAAAAAUUAACUAAUAUAAUUGCAUUUAGCCCCAAGAAAAAAAAAUACCAAUAAUUAUAGCAUGCCAAUCAUGGAAGAUAUCAGGUUUCCUUAAGAUUUAAAACAUACUUAUUCAUUUACUAAUUACUUCUUUACUUAAGUGGCUCUUGGUGGUGCAAAGCACAUUCACAAAACUUUCCAUUAAUCUCUGUUUUGAGCAAAUUAUUUCCAGCUCAUUCCACUUCUUGUCACUUCUUUCACUCUCAAGGUCCAUUCUCCAUGCAUUGUCUUGUUUUCCUCUCAUUCUAGUACACAGUGGAUUCCAUAACAGAGACUUUCAAUUAAUAUUUUAAUAUUAAUUUCAUAAGUGUGUGGCCAUUCCACCUCUAUUUCCUUCUCCUCAUCUUUUUUCCAUAUGAUAUGAUUUUUUUUUACCUUUUAAACCAUUUUAUUUUCAGGGUCUUUCACAAACACCUUUUGACUAACCCAUGUUAUUUCUUGGUAUUGGGUUUUGUUCUUUUCAAUGCUUUAAACCCAUAGAGAAGAACAGACUUAAAAUUUGAAAUGAUUUUUGUCAGGUUUUAAAAAAACAUGAUUUCAAUGCAUUUCCAUAUAUUGUGCCACUAAUUGAUUGGAUUUGUAAACAUCCUCUGCCAAGUAAUUUUACAAAAAUAAUAAUUACUUGAACGCUAUUCAAACAGAAGGAACAAAAGGCAUUGUGGAAGAUGGAGGAUGAAGUUGCUCAUCAGGAAAAGCUUCGCAAACAAAAAGAAACCAGGGAUAUGUUGGACCAUUCAAUGGCCUUCAAGGCAAGAAAAAAAGCCAAAGAUGCUCAAGAAGAAUUGGCUUUUGACUUGAAAAUGCUUGAACAGUUGUUAGAAGAGUCUCGUAAUGAAGCUUAUGAGACAAUACAACGAAAGGUGAAUAUUAUUUAGAUGAUUCAGAUAUCAUCAAUUCAAUUAUUUGUCUGGAUAAAGUAUUUAACAUUUUCAUUUUAUAACAAUAUGAAAAUAAAACAUCAUGGUGGAUGAAAUAAAAGAUGUUGAUCACUUUCUAGAAUUUUAUUACUAUUUAAUUUUUAGUAUCCAAUACUUUAUAAAGAUAAUAUCCACUUUCAUUUUUUUAAACAUCAAAAGUAUAUUUUAUUCUUAUUAUUGACAUAAUUACAAUUAAAUACCACUUUUUAAAUGCUGAUUAAUAUAAUAAUAUUUAAUACAAGCACAUUUUCUUAAAAUGAUUGUAUGGUUUUAAUUAUUUUUUCAAACUUUUUAGAAAGAGCUCAGGGAAGAAGAUCGUCGCUUCAGGGAAUAUCUGAGACAGUUGAUGGAGGAAGAGAAGGCACGAGAAAAGGAGCUGGAGAAGAUGAUUCAGCUUGAAGUUGAGGCAGCAUGGGAAAAAAGAAUCGACCAAUGGCGUAAGGAAAGACAGGCCAGAAAAUUGCUUCUUGAUGAUGUUGUUGCAGGAAGAGCCAAACAAAUCCAGGAAAGAUGUAAGUGAAAAAGCCAUUUGGUUUUCAGAAUAAUUUCACUAUGAAAGAGAUGUAAUUUUGUUUUUUUAAAUUUAACAACUGAAUGCAAAUUUUAAUUGUCAUAAACCACAAUAAAUAUCAAGAACUUAAGGCUUAACAGCAAUAAAAUACUUUCUAUUUACUUAAACAAAUGAGGAGAAAAAAUAUAAUUAUAGAUUAAUUAAAAUCUUAUGUUAAUAUAAAUCUUGGAGUGUAAGAUAUCUAAAUCAAAAGCUGUCUAUUAAUAUUAAAAUAUUGGCUGUGAAUUUUUAAAUAUUUAUAUUUGGGAAACUUACACAGUGCAAGAAAAUGAGCGUCGGCAGCUUGAAGCUGCUCGUGAGAGAGAAGAACUCCAGCGCAACAUUGCAGAAAAUCAGAGAUAUGAAGCUGAACAGGCUGCGAAACGCUGGCAGAGCAAUGUGAAUUACCAGAGUGAUCUUGUUAAUCAGAUGGCAUACAAUAGCAGAAAUCGUGAAGAUGAGCGGGCCCGUGAAUUGGAUGAGUUCUUGAAAGCCCAGCAGGCAGAGAGAGAGUUUCAGACAAGAAUAAAGCAAGUUCUUGACAACCCAUCAGUAGAAAAACUUCAUCCCAUGAGGAGAGCAAUGUUGAACAAUGUUUUAUGUCAAUAACAUUUUUCAAAGGGUUAUUAUUCACACUAAUACUUAAUAUUUCAAUAAUGAAUUUUUCUGCUAAACUAUAACUGCAGUGCAAAAAUUAUUAAAAGGCACAAUGUUUAUUUAAAUCUCAAGACUUAAGUAUUUCAUUAAAAUUUCAAAUAAGAAUUCCCAAUUAAAUAUAUUUAAGUCACUAUUUCUAUACAUAGCAGUUUGUGAUAUCAUCUUGUGUAUUUAACAACUGGCACCAUAUUUUAACUAAACUUAUUGGUUUAAUUUUUUACUUUUCAUAUUAAAUUUGCUCUCAGGAUUGUAAUGAGAUCCAUCACAUGUAAAGAAAUUCAACUUUUUCUAAUUGGAUUCAAAUUUUUAAGCAUAUUUAGUUAAUUACUAAUUAUUUUAAUUGCAAGAUUUUGUCUGCUUUCUUUAUCAAAGUGACAAUGCUUAUUAUGUUUUCUAAUAAUAUUUAAUGUCAUGAUGAGCUAUUGGCAUCUCCACAUCUGUGAUAAUGUGUAUAUAGGUGUAACGAACACAAAAUGUGAGAUGACGGGAAAGUUACUUUCCUAGAUAAUAUUCUUCUGAAAUUUCAACUAUCAAAUAUAAUGUGAUGUUCAGCAGAUGGUAAUUUAUAAUCUUCAGUGAUUUUCUCUUUCACAAAAUGUUAGCAAUGUCUUUACAUAAAUAAAAGCUGGUUCACACAAACAAAGUUUUUAUUUAUAAUUUAGCCUACUUGUUGUAAUGAGUAUUAUAUUUUGUUUACUAAAAAUCAAAGCCAGUAAAGUUAAACUUUAUUUGAUUUUGUUUUUUGUAAUUGUCCAUAAUAAAUUGUAAAUAUGCAUAACCCCUGAAAUUAAGCAUCUGCCCUUAUAAUUAGAAGCUACUAUUUAUGUAGUAACGGAAGUGCAUAAAUAAAUACUAAAACAAAUGUUAAAUAUCAGAGAAAAAUAUUUUACUCUUAGCAAGAUUCAUAACCAAAAUCAAGUGGAGUUUGUCAUGGAAGCCAUGAUGUCUUAGCUGACUGCAACUGAAUAUAAAUCAGUAAUAGUGCUUACCUAGCAAAAAUUUACCUCAUAAAGUAACAAUUUCUUAUUGUUCUUACUUAUAAUUCAAAGUAUCAUCCUAAACUCUUUCCUGCUCAUCUGUGUUUUUUUUUCCUUCAACUACUGGAGCAUGAAAAUGACUUCAAAUUUGUGCUAAUGUUCACUAUCAGUAGUGAAUUCUAGGUAAAAUCCUUCUGAAAAAUACUACCUGUACCCUGUAAGCCAUUAUAAUCAUGUCAUGUCUCAAGAACUAUCAGCCAACAAUUUUUUUCCAAUUAAGGGAAAUAAAGUCCACUUGGUGUAUUUAUUUUUGUUCUUUGAAGUUGUUCCAGAUAAAAAGUUGCCAUAUUUAAUAAAUAUCUCAGUUGAGGAGAAUCAACAGUGAAAAAAAUUGUAAGCACAUUUUAUCAUUUUUAAGUUAAGACUAUUUAAUAGUUUUUUAAAAUAAUUUUCAAAAUUUCUUGUUUCACCAGGAUGCUCAUACACCUUUUUAAUAUGAAGUUUGCUGAUGUUAGCCUAUAGUGUAUUCAAUUAAAAUAAACAUCACACAAAAUAAGUUAUUUCA